AUCAUCGUCGACCCCAAAAACCCAGCGCUCUACACCAACCGCGCCAUGGCCCGCCUCAAGCUCGGCGACUGGGAAUCCGUCAUCACCGACUGCCAGACCUGCCUCGGCCUCGCCCCCCAGAACAUGAAGGCCCACUACUAUCUCGCCCAAGCACAGCUCUCCAUCGGCGACUUUGAUAGCGCCCUCAACAACGCCCUGGCCGCGCACAAGAUUUGUGCAACCAUGAAUGACAAGUCGCUCGGCGCAAUCACAAACAUUGUCCUGCGCUGCAAAAAGGAUCGCUGGGAGGACAGGGAGAAGAAGAGGCUGCGGCAGGAGCGGGAGCUGGAGGAGGAGAUGCUGGCGAUGCUGGUCAGGGACCGCAACGACAUGCUCAAGGCGGAGAGCGAUGAAACUGAGCGGAGCAUCAUUGCGGAUGAGGCAGAUGAAAAGAUGAAGACUCUCAGCAAGGUCUUUGAGAAUGCCAGACAACAGAGCCUGAAGCGACGUGAAGUCCCUGACUGGGCGAUUGACGACAUCAGCUUCGCCAUCAUGGUUGAUCCCGUCGUGACAAAAACUGGCAAAUCUUACGAGCGCGCCACCAUCAUGGAGCAUCUCCGCCGCCAUCCUUCCGAUCCUCUCACCCGCGAACCGCUCAGCGACGCCGAGCUUCGGCCCAAUCUCUCGUUGCGCCAGGCCUGCGCUGACUUUUUGGAAGAAAACGGCUGGGCUGUGGACUGGUAG